AUUGAUGUUUCUUGAGAAAAUGACAUACAUGACCGGGUUUCUACUUUCACUAUUUUUGAAGUUCUAACUUUUUCCUGUUUUAUGAGAUUUUAGAUCAAUAAAGAUAUACUGUGAUGCCGGCUCUGAGAAUUCAUGGAUAUGCCUUGGCUCUUUCGUUUUGUCUUAUCACCUUCAUAGCAGCAUCACGACGAACAGACCCUUCAGAAGUUAAUGCGCUGAUAGACAUCAAGAAAAGUUUGAUUGAUCCUAAGAACAAUCUUAAGAACUGGAAUAAAGGAGACCCAUGUGCAAGAAACUGGACUGGGGUAUGGUGUUUUGAUAAGACGGGGGAUGAUGGGUAUUUCCAUAUUCGUGAGAUCUACUUAAUGACAAUGAAUCUCUCGGGAAGUCUAUCAUCUCAGCUUGGUCAGCUAUCCCAUCUUGAGAUAAUGGAUUUCAUGUGGAACAAUCUGACAGGCACGAUACCAAAGGAGAUUGGAAACAUUAAAACAUUGAAACUCUUGCUCUUGAAUGGCAAUAUGUUAUCUGGGAGUUUACCAGACGAGCUUGGCAACCUUCCAAAUUUAAAUAGAUUCCAAGUAGACGAAAACCAAUUGUCUGGUUCUAUACCAGAUUCACUUGCCAACAUGACUAGUGUUAAACACCUUCACCUGAACAACAACUCUUUUAGUGGUCAACUUCCAUCUACACUUUCAAAGUUAUCAAAUCUGAUGCAUUUGCUUGUGGACAACAAUAACUUAUCUGGAAAUCUUCCACCAGAAUACUCCAUGUUAAAUGGAUUGGCAAUACUCCAGCUUGAUAACAACAACUUUAGCGGGAAUGGAAUUCCUUCUACCUAUGCAAACUUAACCAGGCUAGUGAAAUUAAGUCUAAGAAACUGCAGUCUGCGAGGAGCUAUUCCUGAUUUCAGUUCAAUACCCAAGCUUACCUAUUUAGAUCUUAGCUGGAAUCAAUUCACUGGACCCUUACCAUCAAAUAAGCUGGCAGACAAUAUGACAACUAUUGAUCUGUCCAAUAAUCUUCUGAACGGAUCUAUUCCUCGAAGCUACUCUUAUCCUCAUCUUCAAAAAUUGUCACUUGCGAAUAAUUUACUGUUGGGUUCCAUCCCUGCUAGCAUAUGGCAGAAUAUGUCCUUCAGUGUGAAAGAUAAACUUAUGAUUGAUCUCCAUAACAACUCAUUUGAGGAUGUUUCGGGAAAUCUGAACCCCCCGGCAAAUGUUACCUUGAGGCUUUCUGGUAAUCCUAUAUGCAAGAACUCCAACGCACAAAGUGCUAUUAAAUAUUGUGGACCUGAAGAAGAUAAGGCAGUUCAAGACUUAACAAGCUCUACCGUUUGUCAUGUUCAAUCUUGUCCAUUUGAUGACUUUUAUGAAUACGCCCCUAAUUCCCCAGUUCCUUGCUAUUGUGCUGCACCUCUGAGAAUUGGAUACAGGCUGAAAAGUCCAAGUUUUUCUUACUUUGCUCCCUAUAGAUCUAGUUUUGAACACUACAUAACUGACUCCCUAAAACUACACCUCUACCAACUAUCAGUAGAUUCUGUAGCUUGGGAAGAGGGACCUCGUCUUAGAAUGUAUUUGAAACUCUUCCCUUCCUAUAAUGAUUCCCGUUCUAAUGUGUUCAAUGUAAGUGAGGUUCGUCGGAUUAGCCGCCAAUUCUCAUCAUGGCGAUUUCCUCGCACUGAUUUUUUUGGACCAUAUGAACUCCUGAACUUCACUCUUCUUGGACCUUAUGAAAAUUUAAUUAUUGAUUCGGAGAAGGGAAAAGUUAAUGUUGGCAUAAAAGUUGCUGUUGUAAUAGCAGCUGCUGCCUGUGCUUUAGCAAUAUCUGCAAUAAUCAUUCUCCUGAUUACUAGAAGAAAGAUGAAAUACCAGAAGAAGAUUUCCAGGAAAUCUACUACUAAUAUAUCCCUCAAAAUAGAUGGCAUGAAAGCAUUUACUUACAAAGAACUGGCUCUUGCUACUAACAAAUUCAAUAUCUCAACUAAAGUCGGUCAAGGAGGUUAUGGGAAUGUCUAUAAAGGCAUUUUAUCUGAUGAAAAUUUUGUGGCGGUUAAGAGAGCAGAAGAAGGUUCCUUACAAGGACAAAGGGAGUUCUUGACAGAGAUUGAGCUUCUGUCAAGGUUACACCAUCGAAAUCUUGUCUCACUGAUUGGAUACUGUAAUGAAGAAGGGGAACAGAUGCUGGUUUAUGAAUUCAUGCCCAAUGGCACCCUAAGGGACUGGAUUUCUGGAAGAAGUAGAAAAACGAAGGGGAGCCUAAAUUUUAGUACGAGGUUGUGAAUUGCAAUGGGAGCAGCCAAAGGCAUACUGUAUCUUCAUACAGAGGCUAACCCUCCUAUAUUCCACAGAGAUAUUAAAGCCAGUAACAUUCUUCUUGACUCCAAGUUUACAGCUAAAGUGGCCGAUUUUGGACUCUCACGGCUUGUACCAGACUUAGAUGAAGAGGGAACUGCUCCUAAAUAUGUGUCAACAGUUGUGAGAGGAACUCCAGGUUACCUGGACCCAGAAUAUUUGUUGACUCAUAAGCUGACAGACAAAUGUGAUGUCUAUAGCCUGGGAAUUGUGUAUCUAGAGCUUUUAACAGGCAUGCAACCAAUUUCUCAUGGAAAAAACAUUGUUCGCGAGGUUAACAUGGCUCAUCAAUCUGGCACAGUAUCUUCCAUCAUAGACAGCAGAAUUGGGUUGUAUACAUCUGAAUGCUUGGAAAAAUUCUUAACUCUGGCCCUCAGUUGUUGCCAAGACAAUCCAGAGGAGAGACCAUCAAUGAUAGAUGUGGUGAGGACACUGGAAGAUAUCAUUGCAAUGUUGCCUGAAGCUGAAACUGUUUACUCAGAUGUUAGCUUAGACAGUUCUGGCAACAUAGCACCACCCUCAUCAUCAGCAUCAACAUCAGCAUCCCAUGUAGCAAGGGAGGAGCAACACAUGUCCUCAUAUGUGUCUGGAAGCAAUCUUGUCAGUGAUGUCAUUCCCACCAUUGUUCCUCGCUGAUGCUGUACUGUGCCAUCCUCCUUCAUAUAUUCUGAAAAAUGUAAUUAUAAUAUAUUUUGCACCAAGAUUUUGAUAGAUGAUAAAGGUAGGAAGUUACUAGGGACAUAGCUAGUAUCUGCACUUCCCAUUUGGGACCUUGUAAAUUUUAUACUUGUAACUGUAACCGAAUACUAUGCAAUUGGUGGUGAAAAGAAAAAGAGAAUGAUACAACUA